CUGCCCCACCUCGCCUUCUGCAUGGUGGAUAUUCUUUUUCCUUCUUCUUUCCUGGGUGCUAUGGGGGAUCAUUCCAAAAAAAGUCCUGAUGAGAGAUUCUGUCCGUUCUUAGUGUCCUUUGCUCCUUUCCACCGGCAGAGAAACCCGGGAUUGCCAUGUGCGUGGGCUGCGGGAGCGAAAUCCACGACCAGUACAUCCUGAAGGUCUCCCCGGACCUGGAGUGGCACGCGGCCUGCCUGAAAUGCGCGGAUUGUAGCCAGUAUUUGGACGAGACCUGCACUUGUUUUGUGAGAGAUGGCAAAACGUACUGUAAAAGGGAUUAUAUCAGGCUCUUCGGCAUCAAGUGCGCCAAGUGCGCGUCGGGCUUCAGCAGCAGCGACUUGGUGAUGCGCGCCCGGGACAACGUCUACCACCUGGAGUGCUUCCGUUGCUCGGUGUGCAGCCGGCAGCUCCUGCCGGGAGACGAGUUCUCGCUGCGGGACCACGAGCUGCUCUGCCGCGCAGACCACAGCCUCCUCGUCGACCGGGCCGGGUCGGCCGAGAGCCCCCCGCGCAGCCCCGGACACCUCCAAGGCGCCCGGCAGGGCCUCCAGCUCGCAGAUUCCGUGCCCGGGCGCCAACCCUCCUUGCGUCCACACGUGCACAAGCAGGCGGAGAAGACGACGCGCGUGAGGACUGUGCUGAACGAGAAGCAGCUGCACACGCUGCGCACCUGCUACGCGGCCAACCCGCGGCCCGACGCGCUCAUGAAGGAGCAGCUGGUGGAGAUGACCGGCCUGAGCCCGCGCGUGAUCCGCGUCUGGUUCCAGAACAAGCGCUGCAAAGACAAGAAGAAGUCGAUCCUCAUGAAGCAGCUCCAGCAGCAGCAGCACAGCGACAAAGCCAGCCUUCAGGGCCUGACUGGGACUCCACUGGUGGCUGGCAGCCCAAUCCGCCAUGACAGCGCUGUGCAGGGCAACGCAGUGGAGGUGCAAACCUAUCAGCCCCCCUGGAAAGCACUCAGUGACUUCGCCUUGCAGAGCGACUUGGACCAGCCAGCCUUCCAGCAACUGGUCUCCUUCUCAGAGUCCGGCUCCUUGGGCAACUCAUCUGGCAGCGACGUGACCUCCUUGUCCUCUCAGCUCCCCGAUACCCCCAACAGCAUGGUCCCCAGCCCGGUGGAAACCUCCCCGAUCUUUCCUAAACCGUCAUGGCUGUAAGCGGCACCCGCCUCUGGACUGCACCGCACUCUCCAGCACACCGGGGGGAGCAGAGCAAGACUCCCAAGGGAUUCCGUGCCCCCACCCUCCGUGAAUACCUCUGGAUUGUACUAGGAUGACUUUCCUGACUCAUGUAAUGGUAGCUUUAGAGUACCUUGUCUUUUUUUAAAAAAACAAACAAACAAAACACUCUUCAUUGGGAAGAAGCAAACCUGAUCGUCUUGGAAUUGCCAGUGCCAUUUGCCACACUAUGCCAGGAGCCUGGACAAAUCUUGAACUCCCUUAUAUUUGUUUGCUGGCCCUGGAAGGGGGGAUCUGUCUGUCUGUCUGUCUGUCUGUCUGUCUGUCUGUCUGUCUGUCUGUCUCUCUCUCUCUCUCUCUCUUUUUCCCUCCCCCCUCCAAGCCUGCAUGAUUGCUGGAAAACUAUCUGCAAGACUUAAAGUAUCCCCCCCACUUCUCUUGCCAAUGUUAAAUUAUCUUCUGGAUGGAGGUGAGGUUUGUUAGGCCAUUGCAGACCAAAGUAAGUUAUUGUUAUUAUUAUUAUUUAUUGUUACGGCAGAAGAUAAAAUGGUUGGGAUUGAUAUUUUGACCUUAAUAAUAAAAACGAACAAACACCUGAUGAGAAA